ACAUUAUUGGGAUCAGAAUCUCCAUUUUCAUUGCUUCUGUUGUUACCUUUCCCUGUCAAAAUCAAACCCAUUCCCUUUGAGUAUUGACCACUCCCACCUCUGAUCCAUUUCCAUUCCAUUCCCACACCAUAACCCAAUCCAAUCCAUUUUUCUAGCCAAAUUUCAUUUUUUUUUCCUCUCAGAUCAAAACCCACCAACAAUCUUCAAAACCCACGAAUAAUUAUCGUUUACACUGUUGUUAAUCAAGGAAAGAUUGAAUCUUUCUUUGUUUUUGCAUCAUGGGUACUGAAUCAGCAUCUGUGGACAUUACAGAGCCUUUGAUUCUGGAUCCUGACAACGAGGAGGAGGGGAAGAAGGAGUAUUUGACUGAGCCGGUUCCUGAAUGGAAGGAGCAGAUUACAAACAGAGGGUUGGUGGUGAGUGCUGUGUUGGGGUGUUUGUUCUGCAUCAUCACUCACAAGCUCAAUCUCACUGUUGGGAUCAUCCCUUCCCUCAACAUUGCUGCUGGAUUGCUUGGAUUCUUCUUUGUGAAGACUUGGACUAGUUUCUUGUCCAAGAUGGGGGUUUUCAUGAAGCCCUUUACUAGGCAAGAGAACACUGUUAUCCAGACUUGUGUUGUUGCUUGCUAUGGACUCGCCUUUAGUGGCGGGUUUGGUUCAUCCUUGAUUGCAAUGGAUCAGAGAACAUAUGAACUCAUUGGCCCUGAUUACCCUGGUAAUAGAGCGGAAGAUGUUAAAAACCCGGGCUUGGGUUGGAUGAUGGGUUUCACGUUUGUUGUCGGUUUCCUCGGACUUUUUAGUCUUGUGCCACUUCGUAAGGUUAUGGUCUUGGAUUAUAAGCUUACAUAUCCCAGUGGAACAGCCACAGCAAUGCUAAUUAAUAGUUUCCAUACAAAAUCUGGAGCAGAACUUGCAGGGAACCAAGUUCGGCAGCUUGGAAAGUAUUUAAGUUUUAGUUUCUUCUGGAGUUGCUUUAAGUGGUUCUUCAGUGGUGUUGGAGAUUCAUGUGGGUUUGACAACUUCCCUAGCUUCGGUUUGACUCUAUAUAAGAACACAUUCUACUUUGACUUUAGUCCAACCUAUGUUGGAUGUGGUCUUAUCUGUCCUCACAUUGUCAAUUGUUCAGUUCUCCUUGGAGCUAUUAUAUCAUGGGGAUUUAUGUGGCCUUUCGUUUCCAAGCAUGCUGGGGACUGGUAUCCUGCUGACCUUGGAAACAAUGAUUUCAAAGGUCUUUAUGGAUACAAGGUGUUCAUAUCUAUUGCUAUUAUUUUGGGAGAUGGUAUUUACAAUCUGUUGAAGAUUAUACUGAUCACCGUUAGAGAGAUGUGGAGGACAAGCUCCAAUCAGAACAACCUUCCUCUUGUGACAGAAGUUCUUGAUGGUGGGAGUUCUCAUGUGCAAUUAGAACAAAAGAAGAGGGAUGAAAUAUUUUUGAAGGACAGCAUUCCCACCUGGUUUGCAGCCUCUGGAUACGUCGGUUUGGCUGCCAUUUCCAUAGCAACAAUACCAAUCAUUUUCCCUCCUCUCAAAUGGUAUUUGGUUCUGUGCUCUUACAUCAUUGCUCCAGCCCUUGCCUUCUGCAACUCCUACGGCUGCGGUCUCACCGAUUGGAGUCUGGCGUCCACUUACGGGAAGAUUGGUCUCUUCAUCAUCGCCUCAGUGGUCGGCCAAAAUGGCGGAGUGAUUGCCGGGGUAGCAUCCUGUGCUGUGAUGAUGUCCAUUGUAGCCACUGCCGCUGAUCUCAUGCAAGAUUUCAAGACAGGCUACCUCACCCUCUCAUCAGCAAAGUCCAUGUUUGUGAGCCAGUUGAUUGGAACAGCCAUGGGUUGUGUGAUUGCUCCCCUCACCUUCUGGAUGUUCUGGACUGCCUUCGAUAUUGGGUCACCUGAUGGCCCUUACAAGGCACCAUAUGCUGUCAUAUUCAGGGAAAUGGCCAUACUUGGUGUGGAGGGGUUCUCAGAGCUUCCAAAGUACUGCCUCGAAAUGUGCGCCGGUUUCUUUGUGGCAGCCCUUGUUAUCAAUCUUCUAAGGGAUAUGAUUCCCAAGAAGUUCUCUCAGUACAUACCUAUCCCAAUGGCAAUGGCAGUUCCUUUCUACAAUGGUGCUUACUUUGCAGUUGACAUGUUUAUUGGAACUGUGAUAUUGUUUGUGUGGGAAAAAUUGAAUAGGAAGGAGGCAGAGGACUAUGCUGGAGCAGUUGCUUCUGGUUUGAUAUGUGGUGAUGGGAUAUGGACUAUUCCUUCUGCAGUGCUCUCUAUUUUGAGGGUCAAUCCCCCUAUCUGUAUGUACUUUGGGCCUUCUGCAAGCAGCUGAAUCAAGUAACUUUCAAACUCUAUAAUGUUUAUUUCAUUGGCAUUGUGCCUGUAAAUAUUUGGAUGUAAGUUUACACGGAAUAUUUUUAUUUCAUUUCCACGAUGUAUCUGUUUU